CAACAGCACCCCUUGCCCGGGCGCCAGCGCCGCCUCAGUCACCCGGGCCGCUAGCCAGCGCCGCCAGCACACCGCCACGCAGCCCGCCGAAGCAGAGAAUGCGGCUCCUCUCUGUGCUUCUCUGCACUGUGACCUUCGCGUCGGUGUUGAAGGGAGCCUGCGGCCUUUCGCGACGGUACCUGGUCAGCGCCGCUGAAGCUCAGGUCUACGCGUGGCCCGGAGAAGAGGUCGCCCUCUUCUGCCGACCGCCAACGGACGGGGGGUGCCGCUGGCUGAACGGUAACCGAGUCCUGGGCGACGCCUGCAAUCUUUCUACGUCCGACAGAGGCUCCAUCAAGUGCAUGCAGGGCAAUGAAGUUAUUGGCUUGAUUAAAGUAGGGGAACCUGCACGACAGGACAUUCAUAGAAUACCUGACGGAAGCACUCACUAUUAUGGAAGAUUGACCUACUACCCCAGCGAGAGUCACUCGUCACGUAGCCGAUAUUAUUUAUGCCCAGCCUCGGGAACCAUCAUCGACAAAGCUGGUGUGUGUGAUGGCACUGUCAGCUGUAGCCACGGAGAGGACGAGGAGGGGUGCACGGCACCUUGCGGCACACCGGGCACCAGCCAACACAGUUCGCUAACAACCCCAGGCCUACAGCUUUAUCCUGAUGGCGCCGAGGCGACGUACGCCUGCGACGAGGGGUUCGUCCGGUGGGACUCGCUCAGUCCGUUGCGCCGGACGUGUCGGCGAGGCCACUGGACCGGGGAGCCUCCCUCCUGCUACCGGAAUGUAGCCUUUGGCCGACCGGUGUCCAUCGACGGGAAGGCGCUCAGCGACAGUUGUGAGGAGGUUGUCGUCGACGGUGUCUCCGACAACUGGUGCAUGCUGAUGUCGUCCGCGCAGCCGCAGUCCAUCGCUGUGCAGCUGGCCACGAACGCGUCCGUCAGCCAGGUGCUUGUCAGGUCUCUGGGUCAGCGGUGCGUGGUGUCCCUGAGGGACGUGAACGGAACCGGAGACCGGCCACCGUGCAUCUGCGCCAACAGUUCCGCCGCCGUGCCCGACCCGAGCUUGGCCGUCUGCUCCUGUCCGGCCGACGGCCUCGGCACUCCAGUCCAGAUCGUCGUCAGCAGGGCGCUGUCGACGUUCAUGCCGCUCGCCGUCGCCGAGAUAGCUGCGUUUGAUGCAGCACACGUGGAACAGGAUGGCGGCGACCCCAACUGCACGCGGCUGGACCGUCCCGCUUACGGUUUCUACGAGCCGGUGGGCGACGGCAGGGGUGCGCCUGGCCUGCCAGCCCGGCUACCGCGCCAACUGUACUGACGUCACGUCGUGUCGAGACGUCGCCAGCGGCGCCGUCCGGCUCAGCUGCCUGCCGCUGACCUGCCCGCCGCCGCCGGCCAUCCCGCACGCCGUCGUGCAGGCGGAGAAUGGCACGGCGUGGAUGGCCGUGACUGAAUACGCCUGCGCCGCCGGCUACCAGCUGUACCCGCUCAAGCAGCGAACGACGGCCGUCUGCGAGGACGGCCUCUGGUCGCUCAGUCACGUCGUCUGCUUGCCCUUGUCGGACAUCCGCGUGGUGGCGCUGCGCAUGAGCCAGCAGCACCAGCAGAGCGUGAGCACAUUGCGCAACGAGCUGGAAGAGCUUCUUUCCGGGCAGCAACAGCUACUCCAGCAGCUGAGCAACACCCAGCGGCGGCUGCAGAGGCUGGAGGAGGAGGUGGGGCUGUCGCAACUGAUGGAGAUCGAACAGCAGCUGGUGGAGGGGAAACAGGUGGCCCUGCAACAGGAGCUGGUGGGUGGUCAGCCGGAGCACGAUGGCAACAGCCCGCUGGAAGAGACAGCAUUUGUUGCCGAUACCGUGAUUUUGGGUGACAUGUAGCCAAUCGUGGAUCAAUUUUUCACGAUUCAGUUCCGCGCAAUACUCAAAAGCCAUUCACUCCAAAGAAGUACAGCGCCUUUAAGAAGAAAACUCAAAACGUUUUUCGGAACGACAUGGUAGAGCAAAACGUUCCCUUCAUAAUCCGCAUCACUGUGUCCCACAUGAGUUGAUCUGAUCCAGGGCUGUACAUGCAAUGCCUACAUGUGCACUAUACGUUCCUGUUCGUUUAAGCUCUCAAAUCAAAUCAAAUCAAAGCUCGCAAAAUUUUAGCCAGGCUUACGUCAUCUGUGCCUCUUCGGGAUUUUUAAGCCAGUUUGGUCCAGUUCAUGAUAUUUUCGUCAGUCUUUUCACCGAUUUAGGCCAUGACGAGCGCUGGGCAAAUAAUCUUUUGGCAAGAAAGCAGGUACUCGUUUCUAAAAAUACGAUUAAUGAAAAGCCGUGGUAAGCCCGUGAACUACCUACACGGUGAGAUAUGCUGGUAGGGCAUAGGUAAAGAUGCCAUUUCUGUGGCCUGAUUCGCACAGCAAUCAUACAGUCUUGGAGUUGCUGGCAGAACUGCGGGACCCAAUUGGCACUGCUUCUGGUUGCACAUGUGGCUUAUAUUUUCCGUGCGCUUGGUAUCGUUUUGGACGAAUAAACUGCUGCACAAU